AUGGCUCCUCUAAGUCAGUUGAGUGGCCACCUCAACGCAACUUGCUGGGCAGAGAACGCCACAGGCACCAGCCAACCCCGCCCGCAUGCCUACUACGCCCUGUCCUACUGUGCGCUUAUCCUGGCCAUUGUCUUCGGCAACGGACUGGUGUGUGUGGCGGUGCUGAAAGAGAAGGCCCUGCAGACCACCACCAACUAUCUGGUGGUGAGCCUGGCUGUGGCAGACCUUCUAGUGGCCACCUUAGUGAUGCCUUGGGUGGUGUACCUAGAGGUGACAGGCGGAGUCUGGAAUUUCAGUCGUGUUUGCUGUGAUGUUUUUGUCACCCUGGACGUUAUGAUGUGUACAGCCAGCAUCCUGAACCUCUGUGCCAUCAGCAUUGACAGGUAUACUGCAGUGGUAAUGCCGGUUCACUACCAGCACGGCACAGGACAAAGCUCCUGCCGACGUGUGGCCUUCAUGAUCACGGUUGUUUGGGUCCUGGCCUUUGCUGUGUCCUGCCCUCUCCUCUUUGGCUUCAACACCACAGGGGACCCCAGUGUCUGCUCUAUCUCCAACCCUGAUUUUGUCAUCUACUCUUCGGUGGUGUCCUUCUACUUGCCUUUUGGAGUGACCGUCCUUGUCUAUGCUAGGAUUUAUGUGGUGUUAAGACAAAGAAGACGAAAACGGAUUCUCACCCGACAGAACAGCCAAUGCAUUAGUGUCAGACCUGGCUUCUCCCAACAACCCCUUUCUCCUGGCCGGGCACACAUGGAGCUAAAGCGCUAUUACAGCAUCUGCCAGGAUCCUGCUUUGGGGAGACCAAGUUUCCAAGAAGGGGAAGCAGAGUUGAAAAGAGAGGAGAGGACUCGGAACUCCCUCAGUCCAACCAUGGCACCCAAGCUUAGCUUAGAGGUUCGGAAACUCAGCAAUGGCAGGUUGUCAACAUCCCUAAAGCUGGGGCCCCUGCAACCUCGGGCUGUGCCACUCCGAGAAAAGAAAGCAACUCAGAUGCUGGCCAUUGUGCUCGGGACCUUCAUUGUCUGUUGGAUGCCCUUCUUCCUGACUCACGUUCUCAAUACCCACUGUGAAGCAUGCCAUGUAUCCCCCGAGCUUUAUAGCGCCACAACGUGGCUGGGCUACGUGAACAGCGCCCUCAACCCUGUCAUCUACACCACUUUCAACGUCGAGUUCCGAAAAGCCUUCCUCAAGAUCCUGUCUUGCUAA